GUCUGGUCUACAAAUGGGUGAUGUAAUCACACACAUCGGCGCCGAUAUCUUUGCGUUCAUAACCCAAUUGGAGGACCGCUUGAAUAGUAUGAGUGAUGACCAGACGCUGACUCUAUCGGUGACCCGCGCCAUAAUUAGUGGCAGUUAUCUGUUUGAUCGGCAAAGACAUCACCUCAACAAUGGGUCCAAUAGUCAAUUCAAACCACAACAUUCCAUAAGGAGGGCCCGUAUGAGCGCAACGGCUGAUCACCCAAUGAGACAGAUAUACGAAAGAGUAUUGCCAUCCGUUGUGGUCAUAAGUAGUGAAGAGGGUUCGGGAACCGGUGUUAUAGUGGACAACACGGGACUGAUUGUCACCAAUAGCCAUGUGGUCAAAGACCAGGCAUACGUUUACAUACAUUUGAGACAAGCAUUUACUCAAUCGGAGCUCAUGUACGGCCACACCGACGACAACGACAGAGUGACAGCACUGAGGGGUCGAGUGAUGUACUGUAAGGCAAACUGCGAUUUAGCACUGAUUAGGGUUCACGUAAAGCCCGGCCUACUGUCGACGCUCACAAUCGACGACCACGUGGUGCCCAAACUGGGCGAACCGGUGCUCGCCAUCGGUAACCCUGAUAAUAUUAUUUUUAGUUACUGCGUGGGCGUUAUUACCGGUGUGGACCGUAGGGGCAGUAUAUGUUUGGGCACUGAAAUGUAUUAUCAAUGCACGACAGACGCCGACAAUCGGUAUAUCGUCCACUCGGCGCCUAUUAUUCACGGCUUUUCGGGCGGACCACUACUGGACUCGAGCGGCAAUCUUAUUGGUAUCAACUUUUCCGGUCAAUACAGCGAUCGCACGGCAAUCCAUGCCUCCGAUGUUAAACAAUUUAUCGAAAGGGGUCUUAAAUAUGAGAAACAAUUAAAUGAAAAAAGUCGUAAAUCGUUGGGAGUUUUGUUGGAAAAACAAUCGGAUAAUUCAUUUGAAGUGAUUAACAUUGGCUUUGAUAAUCCAUUGAAUCAAAACACUCUAACUGGUCUACAACUAAACAAUAUAAUCACAGCCAUCGGCGCCCUUCCCAUGACUGACAUUUGCCAGUUGAAGGACCACUUGAAUGGUAUGAUCGAUGGCCAGACACUAACCCUUUCGGUGACCCGUAAUGGCGAAGAGAUUGUCGUCAGUCUUAAGCCGUUUACUGGCGAUCGUCACAAAUGCUCUUCAUUU